AUGCUUCUCCGACUAGAUCAACGAGUGAUCGUCCCGAAUCUUAGCCAUGCCUCAGCCGCAUCUGCUCUCGCCCAUGCCAACCAGAAACCCAUCGAAGUAUGGCGCCCCGGCAGAUACACCGAGGCCGAAAAGGCUGCCCUUUGCGUGAAAGACUUCUCCCCACCCGAGUUUCCUCAGCCUAGCACUGGUUACAGCGCAGAGGGACUUGGCGCCGCAAUUCUGGCCGUACGUGAGCAAAGAUCGACCAAGGCCGUUCGAGAGAAAGAACUCGAAGACGAGCAAAAUCGUGCGCGAGAGCAGGAACGGCAAUCGAAGGCACUCAAGGCAGCCACUGGGGCUUAUGCGACCCGAAAGAAGGCUGAUUCGGUUUCAUAUGAGGAAGAAGAGCCAUUUUCCAACCUGGAUGAUGCAAUGGAGGCCAGCCGCAUAACGCAUGCUGCCAAUCAAAAUAUCAAACUCUACACUUCAUCCCCUCCCCUUGUCAGCGAAAUCCAGGAGCGCAACCGGAGAAACUCACUUCACGCUGCGGCCCUUGUCAUGGCAAGAGAUAUGUACGAUGUCACUGAAUCCAAGGACGUCACCUAUGCCGACCCUGCACUCUCUGCAGCUCAGAAAGGCCACGUUCAGGCCAUGGCUCGGUCCCGGAAUACCGUUAGUGGCACAAUAGGCACGACCGGCCGGGAUGCAUUAACUCUACAAGACGCCGCGCAGAAGCGUGCCUCCGAGAAGCUGGCACGCCUGAGAAACGAGCAGGCAGAUAUGCAAGCCUACUAUGGAACUACACCCCAACCACAGCGCUCGCGCUUGACCACUCGCCGAAGGAGAGCGUCCAGUGACGCAGAUACGACACAGACCGAUGCCGAGCAGUCAAGACACAUCCGUCAUCAGAUGACUAACCUGCGAUCAAAGCUCAAUCAAGUAGAUGAGAAAAGGCAGCGGGACCGCGAUUUUCUCAUGGAAGCAGCUCGACGCAAUGUCGAUCAGACUAUGCAGGAUAUGGACAUGAAGCUCUGGGCCGACAGUGGUCGCGCCCCUCCAUCUAGACAGAGGGAGUGGGACGAGUCAGCCGAGGCUCGCGUUCGCAGGGAAGCCGAAGCUUCGGAAGCGAGCAGUGCGAUUUCGAGGGCGAAUGCGAACACAAACGCGAAUGUGGAGCGUGUGAACAUCGGCGGCCACCAGUACAUGGACAUGGCCGACGUCGAAGCUGUCGCUCGCGCACGCCUGCAACCCACACUCGAUGGGAUUACGGACCAAGCUGAACUGCAACGGGCCCGCGAGCUGGAGGAACGUCUGGAUGCAGAGGAGGAGGAAAGACACGCCGCUAUUGAAGAGGAGCGCGAAGCCGACAUGAGGGCGGCGGAAGCUGACGUGAGGGCCGCAACAAAGCAAAAGAAAGAACCAGAUUCCAGCAAGCGUGAAUCGAAGGGAAUCAGUUUCUUCCAAUUGUUGAGGCGCAAGAGCAAGCGAGUGCCUGACGAGAAGCCUGAGACAGAGGGAGCAGCAGCUGGGAAAGAGUCCACUGGGUUGCCCAAAGGCGAGGACUCACAGGUAGCCGAAGGAACUGCUGUUGCUACAGGGGCCGCCACUACUGUAGAGACUGUUCCUGCGGUGGAGAUCACUCCUACUCCGGAAAUUUCAAAUGCCCCAGAAGUUGCGCCCACCAUAGAAUCUGCCCGUGCAGAAGAGGAUGCUUCUACUAGGGAGAUUAGAAACGUCACUCCACCCGAAGAGACUGUCCCUACUGUGGAGACUGUGGCUUCCGUUCCCGAAGAUGCCGCUGCCGAGGAUGCCUCCGCUACGGAAGCUAACGCUACGGAAGCUAAUGCGCCACCGGGACCCUCAAGAUUGUCCGGAGAAGAGGCCGUUGCCCGAGAAUUUACCAAGGAGCCCGAAACGCCCGGUGAUGCAACUGUUUUUGCCGCUGGCCCCGAUGCAGCCCCCGUGAAAGUAGUCAGUGAUCCUGUUUCACUCGACGAGACCACCGGUACACUGAGAUACUAUCCCGAACCACGGGAUGCUGCCGCCGUGGGCGGUGUUGCAUCCAUGCACACGGUCAGCCCUAUCACGAGUCCCCGGGCUGACUCAAAGUUGAGGACAUGGUUCCGCGACCGCUUGGUUCACCGCUCUAGUGGACCGGUCCCUGUGUAUCCCCACCAGCCCGGGCCAGACUUCAACACCGACAGCGAGAUUGGCUUCUCGGGCGGAGCUGCCCUGAGAGGACAGAACGAGACUCGCGGUGCAGCGCUGAGCUCACAUCCCAUCACCGACGACGACUUCGAUCGGCGGUCAACCAACGGCGCCGAAGUCAGCAGAAUGUCGACCUAUGACUCGGUCUCCAGUGGGCAACUCGAGUCCAAUUCUGGCGGCAAAAGACAGCGCCUGCGCAGAAGCUUGAUGAAGACUGUGGGCCGCUCUAGUCAAACUUCCAAGGCCAACGAUGUCAAUGAAAACUCGCGUUCUCGAAAGACAUCUGACGUUGGCCCUGAACUCAACGAUCCUGAUUCCAACAUUCAGGGCUUGCGAAAUAGUGCCAUUGAGCAAGGUCUACCUGUCCCGCCUGUUCUUGGGGGACAACGCCAGCACUACAGGGCGCGGGUCGAGGUUCUCCGAAGAUCUGUGAUUUUCAUCUACUUGUUAUUUACAUGA